AAUGUCUUUAGAGAUACUUUCAAUUGAGAUAUUCCUUGAGUGUAAUGAUAUUUUUAUUGUUUUUUUUAUAUAUAGUUAUAUACCUAUAUGGAAUAUUGUUGAUGCAAGAUGGGAACUUCAACUCCACAGACCCUUACAUGCAGCAGCUUAUUAUUUGAAUCCUCAUUAUCAUUAUAAUCCCAAUUUUAAGGUUAAUGCCAAUAUUAAAAUUGGAUUAUAUCAAUGCUUAGAAAGGAUGGUGCCUAAUGCAAGUGAAAGGUGCAAAAUUGACUUGCAACUUGAAUCAUUCAAGGAUGCAAAAGGGUUGUUUGGCAUUGAGGCUGCCAAGACAGCAAGAGAUAAAAAAACUCCAGCUCAAUGGUGGGAUUCUUAUGGAGAUGAAUGUCCAGAAUUACAAAGGUUUGCAAUCCGAGUUCUAAGCUUGACUUGUACUUCAUCUGGAUGUGAGCGUAAUUGGAGUGCAUUUGAAAUGGUUCAUACAAAACGAAGAAAUCGUUUGCACCAGAGAAAAAUGAAUGACUUGGUAUUUGUAAUGUGUAAUUUGAAAUUGAAUAAUAAUCAAGUCAAAAAGCAAGCGGAUGAUUUUGGUGUAGAAGAUGAUCUUUCAUCUGAUGAUGAUUGGAUAACCGAGGGAGAAAAACAUUCAAACAUUGAUUUGCUUGGUGCUAUUGACAAUGCAACACGAAGAAAAAAUGGUAAUGAAGAUGAAAGUGAUGAAGAAGAAAUUCCUAAUGAUGCUGAAAUAGAGAGUCAUGGUACUGAAGAUGAUUUGGAUAUUCAAAUUGAUGAUAUUGGUGUUGGUACUAGUAGUAGCACUAAUGCUCAUAAUAUUGGUGUUGGUACUAGUAGUGACACUAAUAAUCCUCUUGAUGCUAAUGAUAUCGAUGAAUGUAUGAGGAAUAAUGAGGAAGAUGAAGGCAAUGAAGCUGGUUUUAGUUUACAUGACACACCAGCAGAUUAUUUGUUUUAAGUUUGUUAAUUAUUAGCUAAU